UUAAUUCCUGAGCCAUGAGAGUCUCCAGUGAGAUGGCAACAUAUAGCAGUAGGCUGUUAAGGUGGGAACAGUGGUCCUCAGGCCUGAAUGGGCCCCAGUCACUUGGGGAGCCUGUUGAUCCAUGCAGAUUUACAGGGCUGCCUGAAAUUUAGACUUGAAGUUGCUGAGUUCUUCAUUAAGCUGGAAAAAGGGGUGGGGGGAAUCUUUCUUUUUUUUUUUUUUGGCCAUGCCCUGGGAUUUUAGUUCUCUGGCUGGGGGUUGAACCUGCACCCUCAGCAAUGAAAAAGUGGGGAUUCCUAACCAUUGGACCACCAGGGAAUUCCCAAGUAAUCUAUCAUUAACAAGUUAGCAAACAGUCUGCUACUGGUACAGGUGACCUGCAGGCCCUGCAUUUGGUGAGGAAUUGGCUUCCAGGGCCUGGAAGGCAGUAGGUGAUAUGGGGAGGGUGAACCUGGCUGACCACCACCGUCAUUUACUGUGUGAUCUGCAGUGAGUUGCAUCCUCACAGAGUGUCUUCAUCUCGAACACCAUGAAGUCAUGUGGGUUCAAAGACAUGGACAAAAGGUUUUGCACAGUGCACCGUUUACUGACCUCUGACUCUAAACACAGAAGAGGUCAUUAGUGUGAAUGCCCAUAAGAGGGAAAUAAUACCAAUGAACAUUUCUUGAGUAUUUACUGUUUAUAAUCCCCUACGUUAAAUCCUGUUUAUAGGUUAUCUUGAUGAAAUUUUACAACACCUCAAGUAUGUGCUAUUAUGGCCAUUCUUAGCAGUGAACUGACUGAGCCAGUGAGAUGUUGUUGAGUAACUUGCCCAAGGUCACACAGCUAAGGAGAACAAAUGUGUACCUACGCCUAUUCAGAGACUGAGGAAGGGCCGGAGUGGCAAGGGGAAGAGCGGAUUGUUGAGGGGCAGUUCAGGAAGAGCAGUCUACCCCGGUGCCCACUAGGUAUCCAGGAUGCCGGUCAGCAUCCUGGACAGCGCUCGUGGGGGCAGGCCUGGCUCUCUCCUCGGGGAGAUGCACUGGGAGGACUCUCCCACCUAGUGAGUUGGAGUUCGGAUCUGUGUAAGGUUCCUGGCCUACAGGAGGCUGCUCCAAUGGGGUGGGGGCCCCCCGCGGGGCCGGGCGGGGCUGCAUUGCCAUCUGGAGCCGCUGCGCGGCCGGCCACAGUGAAGGCGCGAGCAACCAGAGCGCACGCAGGGCUGGAGAGAGCACAGCCUCCGCCGCCACCGCCGCGGCGGCACAUGGGCCGGCCCCGCCGUCGCCGCCGCCGCCACCGCCGCCCCUAGCAGCCCCCGUCUCGCAGCCUCCCGCAGCUCCGGCCACCCGACCAGCCAUGUCUUUCAGCGGAGCCUCCGAGCGCAGCGUCCCGGCCACCAAGAUUGAAAUCACCGUGUCCUGCCGGCAGUCUGGACGCGUCCAGUCGGCAGAGAAACAGCUCUUAGGCUGAGAUUUCCGGUGUUGUCCAGGGUGCUGAUAACGCGGGACCCCGGCAGGGUGUAGUUACGGGGGAGGGAGAAACCUGCUGGACCUCGACACCUUCUCCAAGUCCGACCCCAUGGUGGUGCUUUACACGCAGAGCCGGGCCAGCCAGGAGUGGCGGGAGUUCGGACGGACCGAGGUGAUCGACAACACACUGAACCCAGACUUCGUGCGCAAAUUCGUCCUCGACUACUUCUUUGAGGAAAAGCAAAACCUGCGCUUCGAUGUGUACAACGUCGACUCCAAAACCAACAUCUCCAAACCGAAGGAUUUCCUGGGCCAAGCGUUCCUGGCCCUGGGAGAGGUGAUCGGAGGCCAGGGCAGCCGAGUUGAGCGACCCCUCACGGGUGUACCAGGCAAGAAGUGUGGGACCAUAUUGCUGACUGCAGAGGAGCUUAGCAAUUGUCGGGAUAUUGCCACCAUGCAGCUGUGUGCAAACAAACUGGACAAGAAGGACUUCUUUGGGAAAUCAGACCCCUUCCUCGUGUUCUACAGGAGCAAUGAGGAUGGCACGUUCACCAUCUGCCACAAGACAGAGGUUGUGAAAAACACACUGAAUCCUGUAUGGCAGCCCUUCAGCAUCCCUGUGCGGGCCUUGUGCAAUGGAGACUAUGACAGAACGGUGAAGAUUGACGUGUAUGACUGGGACCGGGAUGGAAGCCACGACUUCAUCGGUGAGUUCACCACCAGCUACCGAGAGCUGAGCAAGGCCCAGAACCAGUUCACCGUGUAUGAGGUACUUAACCCUCGGAAGAAAUGUAAGAAGAAGAAAUACGUCAAUUCGGGAACCGUGACGCUGCUCUCCUUUUCUGUGGACUCUGAGUUCACUUUUGUCGAUUACAUCAAGGGAGGGACACAGUUGAACUUCACAGUAGCCAUUGACUUCACAGCUUCUAAUGGGAAUCCCCUGCAGCCCACCUCCCUGCACUACAUGAGUCCUUAUCAGCUCAGUGCCUAUGCCAUGGCCCUCAAGGCAGUGGGAGAAAUCAUCCAGGACUAUGACAGUGACAAGCUCUUCCCAGCUUACGGCUUUGGCGCCAAGCUCCCUCCAGAGGGACGGAUCUCCCACCAGUUCCCCCUGAACAACAAUGAUGAGGACCCCAACUGCGCGGGCAUCGAGGGUGUGUUGGAGAGCUACUUCCAGAGCCUACGCACAGUGCAGCUCUACGGGCCCACCUACUUCGCCCCUGUCAUCAACCAGGUGGCCAGGGCUGCAGCCAAGAUCUCUGAUGGUUCCCAGUACUAUGUUCUGCUCAUCAUAACUGAUGGGGUCAUCUCGGACAUGACACAGACGAAGGAGGCCAUCGUCAGUGCCUCAUCACUGCCCAUGUCUAUCAUUAUUGUCGGUGUGGGACCGGCCAUGUUUGAAGUUUGUCCCAUUCCGAGACUAUGUCGACCGGUCGGGGAACCAGGUGCUGAGCAUGGCCCGACUUGCCAAGGAUGUGCUGGCGGAGAUCCCAGAGCAGCUACUGUCCUAUAUGCGCACCAGGGACAUCCAGCCUCGCCCGCCACCCCUUGCCACCCCCAGCCCGACACCAGCUCCAGAGCAUCCCUAAAUAGCCCAUCUAACCAAUGCCCAGCAGUCUGCCUGCCUGCCCACCCAUUGCUUCUGCUCAAAAUCAGAGGCACCUGGAACCUUGGACCUCAUUGGGAGGGCAGCUUGGAGGAUCGGUAUUGGCUGGUCGAGCCCUCUGCCCCAUUACCCACAGAAGGGCCUGGCACUGUCACCACCUCCCUGCCUUCUUGCCAAUAAUAAAGCUGAUCUUUACUCCA